AUGGCUUUGUACGGUUGUCACAUCUGGGCCAAAAAAGUCCUGAAAAAUAAAAAUCUGAUGAAACAACUAACAAAUGAACAAAAAGAAAUGGCACUGAGGGUGAUAAGAGGAUACAAAAGAAUAGCUACCUCAGCGAUAUUCCUCCUAGCAAGCACCCCUCCCAUAGAAACGCUCAUCAGAGUAUACGACAAAUAUUAUGGUCUCACUCGCUCGUUGAAGUCAUCAGAAGUCGUGAAUAUGGAGAAAGAGAAAGCCAGAUUAAAAAAAGAAAGACUUCUGGAAACAAUACUUACCUGGCACGAAAAACUACAGCUAUCGAACAACCGAAACCAAAAAGUAGUCAAGGUAAUCCUGCCCUGCUUUGACAGAUGGGUAACCCGUUCCUACGGAAACCUUUCCUACAGGAUGGCACAGAUAAUCUCCGGGCACGGUUGUUUUGGAGAUUACCUGUGCAGAAUAAAAAAAGAACCAUUGCCUAAAUGCCACCACUGCAACGCGGUUAAGGACGACAACAUACAUACCGCUUUCAUCUGCCCGGCAUGGUCGGAGGAAAGAAAGAGGUUAUACGAGAUAACAGGCCGGCUAUCCAGCUUAGAAGGAACCAUAGAGGCUAUCCUUCACACACCUGGAAAAUGGGAAGCCUUCAAAGCAUUCUGUGAAGCAGUAAUGCUGAAAAAAGAAGAACACGAGAGAGCCAGGGAGGCACAGAGGCACAGAGAGAAACUACGCGGAGAAACGCUGCCACCAUCUACAUAA